AGUAAAAUAAUGGCAACUUACUCUGACGAACACAGCUCUCCUCGGAGUAGCUGCGUCUGUGAGCGCUGUGUCCUCUUGUUUGACAGAGGUACUGGCAAUGGAGUAUUUAAAUGUGGUGUUAUCAUAAGAGAACUGUUCAUUUUAAAUAUUGCAGUUAUCGCAAAUACAGGUAUAUCUUCACACACUAAAUUAACACAAUAUCAAUAAUUGUUGCUUUGAAUAUGUUAUCUUUGAUACCAGUAUAUCGUGACAUCCCUAGUGAGGGUGAGCAGCACCAAAAACAGGCAGAAAUAAGAGGGCAAGGGGAACUAUAAAUAGGGAGGAAAGCACGCAAGGAACAGGUGAGCACAAUUAGACAAACAAGGGCUAACAAGUGCGUGGUAAAGAGGAAAGGAGGAGGGAUUAGAGGGGCAUAUGGCUGACAAAAAAACAUCAACAAAGCCAUGUGCUGACAGGUGGAGUAAAUCACAGGGUGGGUUUGUUGAGAAAAUUUGGGUGCUUAAAGAAUAGAUUGGUUGACAGUGUGUUUUCUAAACAAAGUCAUGCUCAUGUCUCAGGUUUUCAGUAGAGCAAGGAUUUAAAUGUAAAGCACAGUGACAAAUUUUGUUAGCCAUUUAAUGCAUGAAUCCACAGAGAUAUCUGUAUCUGUCAGGUUCUACAGUGAGUGGUCCUUCUGAGCAUUUUUUAAAUAAAAGUAGGUCAGUGAGGUAAAUGAAAGCUAAGUCAAGUUUUUGUGAUGUGGAAUGAUGGUUGCAUAUUUAUAUUAGCGUGCAACAGUACAAUGACAUUGUUCAGACUGGCCAUAUCACAACAAUCCUGUUCUGUAAAAAAAUGUCUGUCCUGCCAAAUGACCAUUCAUUAUCUAUGGAAAGUAUGGUUCCUUUCUCCCACAGUACAGACACACUAUAGACCUUUUUUAUUAAAAUAAUUUGUGACUGAAAAAUGAAAUGACUACUCAGCAGUGAUGUUUCCUGUUUUUGAAGCAGUUAAACUUGCUCAGGUAAUUCAUACACACUUAAAACUGCUUAUCAAUGACUCAAGCCUCCAUUACGAACUCUAAAAUGAUGAUUUGCAAUUACCAUAUUUUCAAUUUACAAUGCUGAAAUUUGAAGAAAAAAGUUGAGUAGUUUGCAUCUCAGGAUAUUUCUGUCAGUCAUUUAACAUUAUCAUUAAACAGUUGUUAAAUAAUAACAGUUUUGCUACUUCCAUCUUACCUCGCUCUCUUUCAAUGUUAAACUGACGCUUCAUGCUAGAAUUCGCACUCUGCUUCUGUGUAAACCCUACCUACUUUCUUUGAUUGGCCAGCUCAAUCAUUUUAAAAUUUGUCGAGCAUCUAUAGACAGCUGAGGCAGACCAGCCUGAAAAUGUAACUUGAUGUAAUUUGACCAUUUCUAAGUUUUGGGGGAUACUUGUCCCCCUCAAUGGCUACGAUGAUUAUGGCCUUAUUCUAUGGAGUUUCUCAUGAUCAUGAGGCACCAUGGUGAAGCAUCGCAACUGUAACACAAGUUGUAUGCAUUCUCACGUGUCAUAAAGUGUGCAGUUCUGUUCUAUUGUUGUUAUGUAUUUUCGCAAUGCAGCUCCAUUCAUCUACAGUAGCUACCCACGCUGUGGCGAGCUGUGUGGGUGAAGAACCAAACCGAGAGCUCAUCAGUAGCGCCUUUUUCCGCUCAUCAGAUGAAGGCUCAUUCGAACACAUUCUCUUACACACUUACACAACACCCAUUUUGGAGGUUGAGGUUUGUGUGUGUGUGCACAAAAGAGUGGAGGAAAUGAAAGUGUGAAAUAUUAAGGUUGUGUAAGGAGUAGUUUCAGUUAGUGUCUGUCUGCACAGCCGUCAUGAGGUCGCUCGUCUGUCUUGCUUUCUGCCUGGUGCUGUUUGUGCUCUGCCUCACUGCAGAAGCAAGUCAUCAUUCUUCAACCUGCUGUUUGAAGACAAGCAAAGGCAGAAUACAGAAAAACAAAGUGUUGAGUUACACAGUCCAGAAAGCAGGAGUCUGCCCUAUCAACGCAAUUGUCUUGUUGACUGUAAGAAGGAAAAUUAGGUGUUUUGAGCCAGACUCAGAGUGGAUCAAAGAAAUUAUAAAAACGGUGGACCAGAAAAAAACGACACAACAAAACUCUGAUCCAAAAGCCUUGCCAAGCCAAAAUGCCAAAAGACAGAAAAAAAAUAACAAAGGAAAGAGACGCAGACAAAAGAAUCAAUAGAAAUUUUGAGUUUUUACUUAUGUAAUGUAUUGUUUAACCUGCCAACUGACAUAAACCUGUAAUUUGUCAAAAAUAAGUAUUCAUGACUAUUUUAUGCUGAAUGUUUACAUUAUCAAUCUCUUUUGAAAUGACUUUAUUCUGCGUCAAAGAUUUUAUAAUCUCUUUUCAAGAAUGUAUUUUUGUAUUCAAUAUUUUUAUAGUUUCAAAAAUAUGUAAUAUUGCAAAAUGAAGAAGUUGUGCAGAUUUGAUUUUGGAAUUAUUAUUAAAUAAAUUAAGAAAAAAAAA